AUGGCGCCACGAGGAGCCCGUGGUGGUGGUCGCAGUGGUAGUCACAUUGGUGGUCGUGAUGCUGGAGAUAGAAAUGCAUCUCAAUCACACGAUAAUGCAGAAAGUCAACCUUCUUCUUCAGUUAGAGGAUUAAACAUCUUGGAACAAGUUCCAAGUAACCCAUCAAAAAGGAAGUUCAUUGAAGUCGAUUCUGAAAACGAAUUUACGGAUCAGAUUUCAGUGAUCAGAGUCAUCACAUGUAUACUGAAGACGAUGUUUGACGGCCCAUGGACCUCAUGGAAGAAGGUUGACAAAGAACAUCGUGAUGCAAUGUGGGAACACUUCAAGGGUUUGUAUGACUGGCCCGAAGAGACUGAUGUUCUUGCUCGCAAGGUAUGGGAAGACUGUAUGAAGAAAAGAUUUCCUGACAUAAUGCGAAGAGCACGUGAAGAAUCUUUAAAACUUGCCAAAGCUGCAAAUGUGAAUGCCUCACUAGAAGGUGAUUUAAAUUUGCUAAAGGACUAUCACCCAAAUUGGAUAAAAAAGGAGUAUUGGGAAAAAAUGAUCAAUGAAGUGUGGACCACAUCCAAAUGGAAACGUUUAUCACAAUCAGGGAAAAAUAACAGAAAUAAAUUAGAAGAUGGCUCUGUUUCCAAACAUACCGGGGGUUCUAUAUCUAUUCGUCAACAUAAGAAAAGAAUGCAAGCAACACUUAAACGCCCUCCUACAGGAGUUGAACUUUAUGUAAGGUUGCACACUAAACGGUCUACUCAAGAGUACAUUACACCAAAGGCAGCUAAAGUUAAGGAGGCUUAUAAAAGUGCUAUGGUGGCUAAGUUUGGUGAUGAUACUAGUUGCCACCCCCUUUUGGAUAAUGAAACAUGGUGUGAUGUUUCCGGAGGAGUCAAGAAAGGAAGAAUAUAUGGAUUCGGAUCUGUGUCUGAUCCAGCGAGCUUUUUGGAAGGAACAUCUAGUACAAUAACAUCCCAAGAGGUUGUCUAUGAACGUGUACGAAACGAGAUGCGUGGGGAAAUGGAUGCUAAAGCUGCAGAAAUGGAAGCUAAACAUCAACAAAUGCGUGAGGAAAUGGAUGCCAAAGCUGCAGCAAUAGAUGCCAAACAACAACAAAUUGAUGCAAAAUAUGAAGCAAUGGAGAAGAUGAAUGAGAACCGAAGAUGAUUGGAUGGACAUGAAAUGAAGAGAGCAGCUAAAAUGUUAUUUUGAAGUUAUGUUUUGUGAAAACUCAUUUCCCGAUGCAUACUUUGGAUUUCUUGGUGCUAAAAUGUUAUUUUGAAGUUAAACCUUUGGGAGUUUGAUGUUAUAUGGAUAGUUUUGGUUUUGGAUGUUUUUUGAAUGAUACUUUGGUAAACUUUG